GCUCGGGCCAACCAGCAUGGUACUUCAAGUUGUGUUCCUGCUUCUAAAUCUUUAUUGCCGCUUGAAGCAUCAAGAUAACCUGAAAGGAAAUACAGUAUUGGACUUGGCAGGAUAUGAGACAAGAUUCCAGCGAAAUGGUACAGGUAACAACCCCAGCCAUAAAUAAAUGAACCUCAAGCCAGACAGAAGACAACUGCACCUAGACGAGCACAUACUUAAUAUUCCGCCCGCUGUAUUUUGAGCUACUUAUAUUCUGGCUGACACCGAGACUUCGCCACCCUCCAUCGUACCUCUCACCUACCCCAAGAAGCCUAGACUUGCUUCAGCUACUCUCCCAGAAGCCUACAACUCAAGUUAACUUGGAGGAGGUCCCGGAGCGAGCGCCUGAUGCAGUCACCGUUGUGGACGCCGGGUGGGAGAGGCCCAGCAGGAGCGAGGCGAGGCAGGAGGACCCUGCUGCUGCUACUACUGCUGCUGGCUGGUCCACUGAUCCUCUCCGCCGACGCGCUCUUCGGUAUCCCCGACUUUUUAGAACACGGUCAAUGUGCCAACGUCACUCUUGUCAACAAUUUUGACCCAGUUAAGUACGCGGGAGUGUGGUUCACCAUGGCCAGCGUCCCCAACGACUACGAGCAGACCAAGACCUGUGCCACCCAGAACUACACCUGGAUGGGCGAGUACAUGGACGUCCGGUCGAAGGGGCUGACGGAGGCGGGGAAGAAGGUGCGACAAGACCUUAUCUUCAUGAAGGAGGACGAGCUGAGGUACCCCCCUGACCCCGCUCAUAUGAGAGUCAUCGUGGAGAACAUGCCAGAGUCACCUUACCAGUCCCUCUUUCUGUCAUUCGUCUCCCCACAGGUCAUCGCCACUGACUACCGCAGGUUCUCCUGUGUGUACUCUUGCCUCGAGUACUUUGGCUUUCGGGCUGAGUUCACCUGGUUGCUGAGUCGAACGCCGACCUUGUCUAAGAGCGUGGCCGACCAGUGCCUCCGUCGCCUGGCCUCCAUGGGCGUGAACCUCACCAAGAUGGUCUCCAUUACCCAGGGAGAGACGUGUCCCUACUAUACGAAGCUGCACCAGAUCCUGGAAUACAACAGCCUGCUGCUAGAGAAGACUCUAGGGCCUGAGCCCACCACCUCCCAGGCCAACCUUCCAGCUGCUACCACUACUAUUACAACCACGAUUACUCCACUUCCAACAACUCCAUCCACCAGCACCACGUCAACACCUACUACUAGCCCAGCAAACACCAAACCACUCACUACCCCUUCAACUUUCGCCCCUGCAACCACCAACCCACCUACCAGUACUGCUUUCCCUGAAACCACAAUCCCACAUACCCCCUUCGUCCGAACUACCACAGUUCCGUCCACUCCCUCAGCUCCGUCCACUCCCUCAGCUCCGUCCACUCCCACAGCUCCGCCCACUCCCACAACUUGGGCCGCCACAACAACUCCAGUAAUUGUAACUCCAGCCACUUUAAGGACACCCAAAACAGGGAGCGGUGGAGCCGGCCACGACACGCUGACGGAGGCGAUGGUGGAGAGUGAAGGUGAGGCGGCCGGGGAGUCCACCAAGAAGGUUAAGACAGCGUCCCGCACCACUCACCAAGUCCUCCCGGGUGACCAAGAGUGGAGAGUGAGCGAGCAAGCGAGAAGGUGGAGGCACCGUAGCUCGGCCGACACCAGCCUGCCGGCCAAGUUGUCCCUACUGCUAGCCCUGGCCACCUCUCUCGUCCUCCACUGAUCUCUCCUCAGUCACCAAAUUCACGCCAACUCCAGGCUGCUGCCGCAUACAAACACCUCUCCAUAACCUCCACCACAAUUUCCCAUUUUUACAAACGAAAUAUCCUCCAACUCGCUUAUGCCUGCGCCACAAAUGGAGUUUUAUUCCUGGUUGAAACACGGUGGUCGCCACAUUGUACUUUUCCUCUCUACAGGGCGAAGGAUAUUCAAUUUUUAUGUACAGUAUGUUUUCUUGUGUUGAAACUUAAAUUUUGUUUGAAAAUGUCUUUAAAAGAAUUUUGGGACUGGAAUGUAAAGUUGGUCAGGGACCCGUUUUCUGAGAAAAAAAACAUGGCGCUGGAUACUAACUAGCUCAGGCACUCGUCCCAACGCUCAACGUCCAGCAUUAUUACUAUAAUGUAAAAACUCUUGCCCUGGUCUAAUACAGGCUAAGCUUGCCUUAGCCUUAAGUUAAAUAUGUAUAAAAAAAACAAUAUACUACACAAGUCUGUUCUUCUGUAUAUAUAAAUUCGAAAGUUUG